GUUUGCGCAGGCGCUGACGGAAGUGGGCCGCAGGAAGCGGAAGUCCCGCCUCUCCUUUCAGAGGCAGAAGCAACGCGGAGGAGACAGGAGUGUCCUGAGGACGCAGCCGGCACCAUGAGCCUCCUCAACAAGCCCAAAAGUGAGAUGACCCCGGAAGAGCUGCAGAAGCGAGAGGAGGAGGAGUUUAACACUGGGCCCCUCUCCGUGCUCACGCAGUCAGUCAAAAACAAUACCCAAGUGCUCAUCAACUGUCGCAACAACAAGAAGCUCCUGGGCCGUGUGAAGGCCUUCGACAGGCACUGCAACAUGGUGCUGGAGAACGUGAAGGAGAUGUGGACCGAGGUCCCCAAGAGCGGCAAGGGCAAGAAGAAGUCCAAGCCUGUCAACAAGGACCGCUACAUCUCCAAGAUGUUCCUGCGUGGGGACUCAGUCAUCGUGGUCCUGCGGAACCCACUCAUCGCCGGCAAGUAGGAGCCUGUUCCUGCCCCAGAACCAACUCCUGCUGCCCUACAAAGACCUGCCCGUGUUGGGAAUAAUAAAGUUCCUGUGUUUUUUCUACUA